AUGCCCGGGCCCGGCGAUCCCACGGAGGACGCAGAGCGGGGCGACAGGCCCUCUCCCUUUGCCGACGACGAGCAGGAUGCCCCGCCGGCGAUCAGCGCGGUGGACGCCGACGGCACACUGCUGGCGGGGCUGCCCGCCAAUAAGGCGGCGUGGAAUGAGGCGUGGGAGGAAGCCACCGAGGCCCCCCUGAUCGCCGCUGCGCUGUCAGGCACCUUCAGCCUGGCCCACUGCCUGGCAUCCAACGAGGUGGAGGAGGCGCAGAGCGUGAAGGCCGCGGAGGCGGCGCCCGCCUGCGUUGCCACCUGGCGCGGCGAUGCCACGCGGCUGCUGGCCCUGGCGAUACCCAUUGCGGUCACCAACCUGCUGAGCUUCUGUGUCAACGCGGUGGGCGUGUCGUUCGUGGGUCGGCUGGGCAGCCUGCAGCUGUCGGCCGCAGUGCUGGCCUCCUCUGUGUUCAACGUCACUGGCCAGUCAAUCAUGAUGGGACUGUGCGGAACAAUCGACACGCUGGCAGGGCAGGCCUUUGGCGCCCGCAAUUACCGGGCGCUGGGCUGCAUCCUGCAGAGGGCGCUGCUGGUCAACCUUGCCUUUGGGGCCGCCAUCGCCGUGGCCUGGCUCAAGUCUGAGCGCCUGUUCCUGCUGCUGGGCCAGGAGGCGGAGCUGUCUGCUGCUGCGGCGCGCUAUAUGGCCCUGGUGGCCCCCUGCCUGCCCUGCAUCGGCAUCCUGGAGGCCUGCCGCCGCUACCUGCUGGCACAGGGCAUCGUGCGGCCCGGCACCGUGGUCACCGCCUGCGGCGCCGCCCUCUCCCCGCUCUACAAUUGGCUGCUCAUCGUGCGGCUGGGCCUGGGCCUGGACGGCGCCGCGCUGGCCCUGCUGGCCGUGCAGCUGACCUCCGCGCUGCUGCUGGGAUCCUACGUGGUGCUGCGCAACGCCGGCCUGCGCGGGCGGGAGGACUCUCCCUGGCACGGCUGGAGCCUGGCGGCGCUGAGGGGGUGGGGCCAGUAUUUGGGCCUGGCCCUCCCCAGCGUUGUGAUGAUCUGCUGCAAGUGGUGGUCGUUUGAGGCGCUGAUCCUGCAGGCGGGGUGGUUCCCGGACGCCCAGCUGGCUGUGGCCACCAUGGGGCUCUGCUCAAUGACCAACAGCGUCGUCUACAUGCUGCUGUUCGGCCUCUCCAUGUCGGCCUCGGUCAAAAUCAGCAACGCCCUGGGCGCGGGGUGCCCCAACGGCGCGCGCCGAGCCACCCUCACCUGUUUCAACCUCACGCUGGCGGCGCUGGCCGCCGCCAUCUCGGCCCUCAUGCUGCUCAAGGACCGUUGGGUGCGCCUGCUGACGGAUGUGGAGCCGGUGGUGCAGGCCACCGUGGCCCUGCUGCCCAUCUUUGCCUUCUCGCUGGUGGGCGACGGCAUCAACGUCGCGCUCCAGUCGCUGCUGCGCGCCUCGGGCAGGCAGAAGGUCGGCGCCCUCACCAACAUCAUCAGCUAUUGGCUGCUGGCCAUCCCUCUGGCUCACUACCUCGCCUUCCAGCGCGGCUGGGGCGUGCAGGGCCUGUGGUGGGGCAUCGCCGCCGCCAACUCGGUGCAGGCGGCCAUCAUGGGCGUGGUGGUGGCACGCUUUGACUACGAGGGGGAGGCCCGCAAGGCGGCGGCGCGCUUCACCCUGCGCCAGCCGCUGCUGGCCAGCGGCAGCGGGCUGGCGCCGCUGUCGCCGGUGCCCAGCGGCGGGGUGGCGUAAGGCGGGGGCGCCGGCGGCUUCCACCCGGGGCAGGCGCGCCCCGCCACCCUGCACCCUGCGCCACAAUCUGUCCUGCCCUCUCUCCCUUGGUAUGUCAGUACACUUCAGUAGGUACAAUCCAGGCUGCCCUUCUGUCGUAUGCUUUUGGCACUGUCUGCCUAGGCUCAGCGGUAUUCAUUUGGUUGCACAGUUGCGCAUGCCUGAAAUGAAGCGAGCAC